AAAGCCAAUGUAUCGAAAUAUUUCGGUUUCACGGAGUACGAAGGUACACUCGGUUAUUGGAUCUGCAAACCUCAGACCGACCACCAUCAUGCUGCCGUCGCCGCGGGACACCGCAACGUCGCUGAGUCCGCUCAAUGUCGAUUUUGGCAGCCGAGCUUUACUCCGUCGACACACUGUGACCUUCCAAGACCCAACGCUCGUGCCGGCGUUCGUGCUAGGCAACCGCGACCGUGUCCGUGCAUUGAGGGCCAAGUUGGACGUGAACUCGGCGUCGUCGUUUCCGAAUCUCCUCGUUUUGAACCGGGCCAUGAUCGAUCAGGCAUCCCGCACUGAUGGCGGCAUCCUACAGUUGUCGGGCGGGGAGAGUCUUGUGAUGGAGUUUCUGUCGGCGGACGACUUGGUAUCGGGGUCGAUGGUCUGCAGGAGCUGGCGAACGUUGUGUCGCAUGGAUCACCUGUGGACCAAGUUUUUGUACACUCCCGUCGAGCGGUACCCCCUGCGGCAACUUCUCCAUCUCGAGGACGACCGAAUGUAUCCAGCCAUCCAAGUGUACAUGCACUUCCGGUCCUCCGGCCUGGUUCAACCACGCUCGUCCUGCGUGCACAUUGGCACCAACGUCGCGUUGAAGCAGUCCCGCGGAACCGUCCCCUUUCGGCAAUGGCUCGACUCCCAGCCGUCGCCGCUUCCAUCCAGCACCCUGCGCGCCGUGUGCCGCCAGCUUCUCGUCGCGGCAACCGCCGUCGUGUCCACCGAGAGUCGCGAGGUCUCCGAGUUUCCGUUCGAUGCGAUGUACAUGCACUAUGACGAAGCAUGCGGUGCCGUUGCUUCGUCUCACGAGGGAAGGGUCCCGCUGCUCCAAGUGGCGACGCAUGCCGGUGACUUGUAUCGGAGCGACCACGACUGGCACCAUCGGCACCGCCGCCACCGCAACGACGACGACCACUUCUUUACAGGCCCCGCCCUGAACGACGGUGACGGACAGCUGCCUUCAUCUCCUCGUCACCACCAUCAGCCUUCGAUCCCCCGUCUCGUGCUGUCGUUUCUCCACUCCGCAUUGGACAUUACCGUCGGCCGCGAAGUCGCGCAUGAAAACCUGGUGCGCCGAUGUCUCACUGGCCAUGCUUCGAUGGAUCCCGCGCUCAAGAGCAUGCUCGAGUACGGGAUGUACCUGCUGCAGUGUCCCAGACACCCUGACCUCUUCUCGACGCUUCUCGUCCAUCCAUUCUUUCACGACGAUUCAACCACAACUUCGUGGCCAUCCGUGGACUUGACCUUGCACACCAUGACACCAGCCACGUACCUGGCCAACGUUGUCACAUGGUUUCACGCAACACCAGCCCUGGAACAACGAAUCUUGUUCCCAUUUACGUUUACGCCGUCGACGUGGGUAUGUCACGACGUCAUCCAUAUGACCGACGUCGACACGUCCGCGCUCCUGCGAUACCGUUACACGUCUCUUCGAGCUCCAACGACGGCCGAUUCGAAUUGGAUGGCGGUAGCUGCCGUCCACCAGGCAUCGACGCUGCACAGUUUGGACUUGUCGCUGGUGCAAUUGCCCACUAGCACCAUACUGAAUGCGCUCGGCCCGCUGCGCAACCUCACGGACCUGAUUUUGCCCCAGACUUGGAUGCCCAACAACCACAUGGAACCGCUGGUCGCGGCCUUUCAAAGUCAUUUGAGCAAACUCGAGCGAGUAGAUAUAGCAUUCCUCACGGCACUGCAGACCCUCGAUGACUCGUACUCGCAGCAACUGCGCAUCGUCGAUUUCGCCUACCCACCCGACAAGGCGGCCGUUAUCAAGGCCGCGUGAGCGUCAUGUUAACGUUAUAUGGAGUGUAACAAUAUUUAGACUUGUCGAGGGGUUGAACUAUUAUAUAUAUCUAUGAAAAAUACCUAUAUGAGCAUCGUGACUUAUACUGCAAAGUAUGUUUAAUACUAAUAAUAACGUA